CUGCCCCUCCAGACUUUGUUUUCUUGCCAAUAUUCGCAACUCUGGGAUUCCCGCCAUCCUCUGAGGCAGCAGUGGGGUUAAGUCCACUUGCACCUACCGACCAACGGCUGUGCACAGCGCCUUCGCGGCGUCUCCUGAUUGGCGGACACACGGUGGGCGGGAGGAGAGAGGACGCCCCCUCUGCCCAGGGAUGCACUUAAAAGGCUGUGGUGGUGGUGGCUGCCUGCGCGCCCAGAUCACCUCCGCCAUGAGCAGCGCGGCUGGCCCGGACCUAGCGGAGGCACCCGAGGAGCGGUGUUUCCUCAGGAGCUGGGCCGGCCUGUCCUGUGGGUGCUCUUCAUCUGGCCCCACCAUGAGCACAGCCGAGGCAGCUGCCCUGGAGCGGGAGUUGCUGGAAGAUUAUCGCUUCGGGCGGCAGCAGCUGGUGGAGUGGUGCGGCCAUGCUAGUGCCGUGGCUGUGACCAAGGUGUUCCCUUUGCCUGCCCACUCCCGGAAGCAGAGGACGGUGCUAGUCGUGUGCGGCCCGGAGCAGAAUGGGGCAGUGGGGCUGGUCUGUGCCCGGCACCUGCGGGUGUUUGAGUACGAACCAACCAUCUUCUACCCCACACGCUCACUGGACCCGCUGCACCGGGACCUGACUACCCAGUGUGAGAAGAUGGACAUCCCCUUCCUGUCCUAUCUGCCCACGGAGGUCCAGCUCAUCAACAACGCCUACAGACUGGUGGUGGACGCCGUGCUGGGCCCCGGUGUGGAGCCGGGCAAGGUCGGGGGCCCCUGCAUGCGUGCGCUGGCCACGCUCAAGCUACUGUCCAUCCCCCUUGUGAGCCUGGACAUUCCCUCAGGCUGGGACCCAGAGACCGGCGGCGACGCCGAGGACGGGCUACGACCCGACGUGCUCGUAUCGCUGGCGGCGCCCAAGCAAUGCGCCGGCCGCUUCUCCGGGCGCCACCACUUCGUGGCCGGCAGGUUCGUGCCCGACGACGUGCGCCGAAAGUUCGCUCUGCGCCUGCCGGGGUACACGGGCACCGACUGCAUCGCGGCGCUUUGACAGCCACCCGUGCCCACGCGGCUUGGGCCCGCGCCAAUAAACACACGUACC